UUUUUCUCGUAAAUUGAUGACUUUAUUCUCGAAAUCUCAGAUUGUUUUGAAUAUGGCCCUAAUACUCAGUCCUAGUCUGUAAAUUGUGAAUAAAAUCGUAAAUUUAUGAGUGUUUUCUCGUAAAUUUACGACUUUAUUCUCGAAAUCUCAGGUUUUUUUCAACGUGGCCCUAAUACUCAGUCGUAGUCUAUAAAUUCAAAGAAUAAAAUCGUAAAUUUACGACUUUUUUCUCAGAAAUUUACGACUUUAUUCUCGAAAUCUCAGGUUUUUUUCAACGUGGCCCUAAUACUCAGUCGUAGUCUGUAAAUUCAAAGAAUAAAAUCGUAGAUUUACGACUUUUUUCUCGUAAAUUUAUGACUUUAUUCUCGAAAUCUCAGGUUUUUUUCAAUGUGGCCCUAAUACUCAGUCGUAGUCUGUAAAUUAAAAGAAUAAAAUCGUAAAUUUACGACUUUUUUCUCGUAAAUUUACGACUUUUUCCCGAAAUCUCAGCUUUUUUUCAACGUGGCCCUAAUACUCAGUCGUAGUCUAUAAAUUCAAAGAAUAAAAUCGUAAAUUUACGACUUUUUUCUCAUAAAUUUACGACUUUAUUCUCGAAAUCUCAGGUUUUUUUCAAUGUGGCCCUAAUACUCAGUCGUAGUCUGUAAAUUAAAAGAAUAAAAUCGUAAAUUUACGACUUUUUUCUCAGAAAUUUACGACUUUAUUCUCGAAAUCUCAGGUUUUUUUCAACGUGGCCCUAAUACUCAGUCGUAGUCUGUAAAUUAAAAGAAUAAAAUCGUAAAUUUACGACUUUUUUCUCGUAAAUUUACAGCUUUAUUCUCGAAAUCUCAGGUUUUUUUCAAUGUGGCCCUAAUACUCAGUCGUAGUCUGUAAAUUAAAAGAAUAAAAUCGUAAAUUUAUGAGUGUUUUCUCGUAAAUUUACGACUUUAUUCUCGAAAUCUCAGGUUUUUUUCAAUGUGGCCCUAAUACUCAGUCGUAGUCUGUAAAUUAAAAGAAUAAAAUCGUAAAUUUACGACUUUUUUCUCAGAAAUUUACGACUUUAUUCUCGAAAUCUCAGGUUUUUUUCAAUGUGGCCCUAAUACUCAGUCGUAGUCUGUAAAUUAAAAGAAUAAAAUCGUAAAUUUACGACUUUUUUCUCAGAAAUUUACGACUUUAUUCUCGAAAUCUCAGGUUUUUUUCAACGUGGCCCUAAUACUCAGUCGUAGUCUGUAAAUUCAAAGAAUAAAAUCGUAAAUUUACGACUUUUUUCUCGUAAAUUUACAGCUUUAUUCUCGAAAUCUCAGAUUGUUUUCAAUGUGGCCCUACUACUCAGUCGUAGUCUGUAAAUUAAAAGAAUAAAAUUGUAAAUUUACAAGUGUUUUCUUAUAAAUUUACGACUUUAUUCAAGAAAUCUCAGAUUGUUUUCAAUGUGGCACUAAUACUCAGUCAUAGUCUGUAAAUUAAAACAAUAAAAUUGUAAAUUUCCGACUUUUUUUUGUAAAUUUACGACUUUAUUCUCGUUAAUUUACGACUUUAUUCUCGAAAUCUCAGAUUUUUUUCGAUGUGGCCCUAGUACUCAGUCGUAGUCUGUAUAUUAAAAGAAUAAAAUGGUAAAUUUAUGACUUUUUUCUCGUAAAUUUACGACUUUAUUCUUGAAAUCUCAGAUUGUUAUCAAUGUGGCCCUAUUACUCAGUUGUAGUCUGUAAAUUAAAAGAAUAAAAUGGUAAAUUUACGACAUUUUUCUCGUAAAUUUACGACUUUAUUCUCGAAAUCUCAGAUUUUUUUCAAUGUGGCCCUAAUACUCAGUUGUAGUCUGUAAAUUAAAAGAAUAAAAUGGUAAAUUUACGACUUUUUUCUCCUAAAUUUAUGACUUUUUUCUCGAAAUCUCAGCUUUUUUUCAAUAUGGCCCUCUUACUCAGUCAUAGUUUGUAAAUUUACAAGAAUAAAAUCUCUUAAUUUAUUCUCAAAAUCUCAGAUUUUUUUUUCAACGUGGCACCAAAUAGGAGCCAAUAGCAUGCUCCUGUUUUCACGUCCCUUCUCUGCUACUCACCGCUCCUCACCUUGCCCUCUCAACUACAAUGGGAGCCCAUCAGCUGAUAGUAAACAAGCCUAAACUCAAUGAUAAUCAAUCCAUGUCCACUUAAGGGUGUCAUUGAUCUUUGUUUUCCACCCUCAGCAACUGACAUACAGGAAGCCCAACGCAUAAAAGCUGAUUUUUAUAAGAAAGCAGCUUGCAUACAGAAACCGUAAAGUUGGAAAUUCAAGAUUAGAUUAACGGGAUACAAAAAAAACCACACUAAAUAUGACUGUAAUUAAUUAACAACAAUUAAUGCACUAAUUUGACACCUCUAAUUUGUAUAUAUAGUUAUACUGUUUACAAAACUGGGGGAAUAGGUUAAGGCUUUGGCAGGGAGAAAAGCCAAAAGAGCCAAUAGCAGUUUUUGCUUUUUUACUAGUUGUUACGCACACUUUAUAUUAUUUUGUAUGUAAUACAAGUGAAUAAGUACAUUGCUUUGUUGUUAUCUUAUAUUUUAUGUCUUAUAUUGUUGUAUUAAAUACUGUUAACUAGGGGUGUUCACAAAAAAAGCCGAUACACAAGAUUGGGCCUACGAGAACGAGACGAAACAGGAUUUUAACUUUACUUUUAAGAAAACAUCAAAAAAAUAUAUAACAAUAUAUUGCGAUCUACUAAUCAUUUCUACUACCUUACUCUUCUGCACUCUGUGUGUAUGCUAGUGGCCCCGCCUCCACCCACCGAGACAAAGAGACCGUUUGACUGACGAAAGGGCUCACUGCCGUUGUUCUACGGAACAAACGCGCCAAGGUGCACAGCCUGUUUGGAGGCGAGAGACGAGGAAAACAAACACGGCAAUGCACUGAAGCUGGCACAAUUAUCGAGUUCAUUCAGAUUCAUUCAUUUAUGAUCAUGACUAGUUGUCACGCAUGACUAGUUGUUUUAAUCUCACGAGAUCUUGCGAUACCGCUGCUGUUAAACGGUCCACAAUGAAAUGUCCUGGCACAUUUUUUUUUUGUUUGCCUAAAAUCCUGUCCUCAAAUUGUAAUCAUGAUCAACAAAUUUAAGGCAAAAAUCAGUCAAUAAUCUUGGAAAAGAGUUUUGGAAUCAGUGAUACUGGCCCUGCAUGUACUUGGUAUCGGACUGAUAAUCAAAUUUUGAGUACCGCCCGCCUCCAGUCCAUGUACAAUAUCGUAAAAAGUGCCAUUACCGUGUCAUCCGUAGCAACCAACGGCCUCACAUUCCUCCCACACUAGCAUUAGCAGUGAGUGCUUUUUUUAAAAGCACUCUGAAUGAUGUCACUCUCCUUGUCACGUCGUGACAUCAUCAGGUGUCACAGACCAAAAGUCUCUGUGAUGUCAUCGGUUCGCGUUCAGGAACCUUCCUGUCAUGGCGCUCGCCGCCUUUCCAAUGAGCAUGGUCGUCCUCAAUAACAUGUCCUGUUCCAAAAUACACCAAGCAUCUUUGUUUCCUCAACUUUGAGACAAGCCAGUACAUUUGGACGGGUGAUUAUAGUUUGUCCCAAGCCCCAAACAUCAGUUCAUGACAUCGUUUUAUUUCCCUCCACUGCCCUUUCCCAUCUUCUGAAUGGAGUUGCUUAGUUCAGUCUACCAGACAUCACGCCCGUGUACUUGUUACUAAACUCCAUUCAUCUCCAUUCAGGUACGAGUUGCAUGAUCUAGAUGCAAUCUAUCUAGAUGGAUGUUCAUCCGAAUGCAUUGAUGUUCAAAUACAAAUGGCUGGGUGCCUCGGUAGCUUCAGUGUUAACCUGAUUGUGAUAGUUUGAACACAUUAUACCACAUUUUUAAUGCAAUUUGUACAUUUUUUGUAUUUUUUUUACAGUUCUGCGCAAAAGUCUGUGGUCAUUGUUAGGUUUUUAUGAAAAGUAAAAGCACUGACUUUAAAUUGUUGGUUUUGUUUGAACAAAUAUACAGAAUAAAACCCAACAUUAUUAUACUACAAAAGGCCGCAGACCUCCGCCAAGCGCCCCCCCGCCCAUAUUGUGAGUUAUACCAUAAAUAUUAGUCCUACAUUUAUGUUAUAUACAUAUUUAGAUUCAUUGUCCAUGAAAACAUACCAUUAGCAAUUGGAUUCUGAAUGAUAUCAAUGUUAGUUCAGUAGUUAUUCACGAAAAUCGCAUUUUUUGUAAUGGCGGUUUUCGUCCGGAUAUACUGUAGCUGCAUAGCUUUUGAAGAUACAACAAAUCCGUUGGCACGCUCCAGAUUCCACAGUGUCUCGGCGAUAUGUAAUGAAUGAAUGAAAAUUCCAAAGGUCCCCUGUUUUUUUUCAUGUUCUGGAUCCGAAUUAUUCCAUUAUCUGGAUCAGUCUUUGAUGUUUUGUCCUGUAUUUUUUAUUUUCCAAGUGCUCUGACCAUUUUGUGGAGUUACUGUAUAUGCCACAGGUGUCAAACACAAGGCCCGGGGGCCAGAUGUGGCCCGCUACAUCAUUUUACGCGGCCCGCGAAACCCUUGGAAUAAUGCAUGUCAACAAUGCACUUCACCUCUUGCCCUUCUAAAUGUAUUUGAUCCGUCAUUUUGGCAGAAAAAUUGCACUGCAUGCGGUUCUUCCAAACGUCAGUGUUGUCUAACCAUCCAGCAAGAUAUUCCAAGCAUUUUUCAAAAACAAAUACUUGAAUGUCUGCUUGUCACCAUGACAUUCUCACUUCACUUCUCAUUUCGAAGUUAUCCAUCAAUUUGUUAGUACAAAUGUAAUAAUCUAAUGCAUGGGCAACUGUGUAAUCCUAUUAUGGGGUUAUAUUCUUAUUUAGAUUCAACUGCAAUGUGGCCCUCAAUGAAAAUGAGUUUGACACCCCUGAUAUAUGCACAAAUGCCGAAAAUGGUCCUAUCUCGCAAUGUUAAAGAGUCCUUUAAAAAAAAAUCCUGGAUCCCGACGGUGAUCCGGGACACCCCCACAUCCAAUUUCCGCCAAUUGCUGAAAAUGUCAUCCAAAUUCAUCACUUUUCAAGUUAUUUUGAACACAAACAAACAGAUAAAACGGCAAAAACACAACCUCCUUAGCGGAGGUAAUUAUCAAGUAAUUUGAGUGAUGACAUCGACAUGUCAAUUACUUCUCCGAUGUUCCAAUGUUCUAUUUAUGUCCUAGCUAGGUCUUUCACUAAGGUGACCCCAGGGAUGCCAUUCCUGAAAAAAGCUCGACAGAUUCCAGGCCGUUUCACAGUGAUAGAUAAUAAAGCAAAGAAAUCGGGGCUGCGUGGAACAGUAUUCUCAGUCAAUGGCGAUAACUAUACUGGAGAGUGGCUGGACAACAAGAAACAUGGCUGGGGAACCCAGGAGUGGAAGAUGUCUGGUGCCCUUUACAAUGGCGAGUGGAAGUUUGGGAAACAUGAGGGACAUGGCAUCUAUAGUGUACUUCUACCGGACACAAAGACGUACGUGACGCAGUACUGUGGCGAGUGGAAAAAUGGAAUGAAGCACGGACAUGGUUCAUUCUUUUAUGCGACUGCAGUUUAUGAGGGGGAGUGGAGUGAAGACAAUCGUAGCGGUUGGGGGAGACUGACCUAUAAGACUGGCGAUGUCUACGAGGGCGAGUGGCUGGGGGACAAGGAGCACGGAAUGGGCGUCCUGCAGUUUGAUAAUGGCAACUGGUAUGAAGGAUCUUGGAAGAACGGCAAGAAAAGCGGUCAUGGAAAGUUCUACUAUGCUGACAAAGGUCUGAUUUAUGAAGGCCUUUGGGUGGAGGGAGAUGCAAAAUGUGGCACUCUGUCUGAUUUUGGGAGAGAAGAAGCACCAUACCCACCCAAGUAUCCAAUUCCAGAGAUCACACUAGUGGACAUGCGAACGGUUUUAACAGACGCCGAGUCAGUAUACCUGGAUCAGACAUGACGCGCAAGAAGAAAAGGAACAGUUUUCAUCGAUGAUUUCUUCUGUGUGUGGAUUUACGAUACGGACACCAUGAAAUCUACUGAAACAGAAAAUAGUUCAAGUCACCCUUCCGUGGAAGCCAAAACAUGGAGUGUGACGAUACUUGUGUUUCUAUUUCUUUUAACACACAUUAAAAGUGAGGGACAGGAAGUGUGCCUCGUGUUACGCAUCUACUCUGCAAACAAAUACAGCAAGGAGAAGCCAGAGCCCGGAGAGCCUCUUCCAUCGUCUGGGAACACUCGGCCUUCCUGGUGAAAUAAGUAAACGGACAAAGUGGAUAGGAUACAAGUUGAAACUAGGAAUGCUACACUUUAACCAAUAGGGCACUUUCCUUUACUAAAAACUAAAUAAUCAUUCACUGUUCAAACUUACUGUUGCACUUUCCUGAAAAGAAACACUGUAAACCGGGCGGGGGGGUGUCAAAAAUGCGCCCCGAGGGCCAUUCUCGGCCCGGAGCUCAUUCUUAAUUGGCUUGUCACCUAUAACACAAAGUUAACGUUUUGUUCAGAUAUAUCGCGCGUAUUAGCUUACAGUGCGUUGGUUUUUAGCAUCUUGAAUGUACAAACGCAUCAAAGAAUUGUAAUCAGCAGUUUGCAGUUUUU